AACAACCGCAUCUGAAGUAUGCUAAAAUAUCCCCUAGUGAAUUCAUAUGGCUUUGUGUUUGAACUGUCGCGCUUACAGUAGUAUAUCAAGCGGGCGGGUUUGUGAGAGGUGCCUGGUUAGUCAGUAAUUAGGAGCACUUGAAGAAGUUUUUUGUGAAGUUGUUUCUGCUUCGCUUAUGACGUGGUUCCUCCUUCCGAGUGUCUGAGAAAGCGGGCUCACUCUCACUCAGGCAAGGACCGCUUCCCAACCAUUCUGCAACUCAACGCGCAACUUCGCAAGUGAAGAAGCCUCCCCCCCCCUCGCGGUGCUGCAAAAAUGAACUGCCUACUUCUCUCCGGAUUCCUUCUCGGCUUCAUCUCCCCGAGGCUGGCUGAGGACUUUGACCACGCGUACACUGACCUGGAGCACUACAGAACCAUCUACAUCGCAGAAAACGGGCCCCGCCUCUCAGUGACGACGGAGCAGACCAAAGUGAUGUCCAGCCGCGGUGGCAACGCCACACUGCCCUGCAAGUUCACCCGCGAGGCCACGGUGGCCCCCAACCCCAAACUGAGGAUCAAAUGGACCAAGCUGACCUCGGACUACCUGAAGGAGGACGACGUGUUCGUGGCCAUGGGCUUCCACAAGAAGAGCUACGGCAGGUUCCACGGCCGGGUCUAUCUCCAGGGGGCCGCGGAGAACGACGCCUCGCUAGUCAUCACCGAGCUCACCCUGGAGGACUACGGCAAGUACAAGUGCGAGAUCAUCGACGGCCUGGAGGACGGCACCGGGGUUGUUACCCUGGAUCUGCAAGGGAUUGUUUUCCCCUAUUUCCCACGUCUGGGGCGCUACAACCUGAACUUCCAGGAUGCGGAGAAGGCUUGUCAUGACCAGGACGCGAUCAUAGCCUCCUUUGACCAGCUGUACGAUGCCUGGAGAGGAGGGCUGGACUGGUGCAAUGCUGGCUGGCUCAGUGAUGGGUCUGUGCAGUACCCCAUAACCGUGCCCCGUGAACCCUGCGGGGGCAAGAACACCGUGCCCGGAGUCAGAAACUACGGCAUGCGAGACAAGGAGAUCAACCGAUAUGAUGUCUUCUGCUUCACAUCCAACUACAGAGGGCGGUUCUACUACUUGAUACACCCGAAGAAGCUGACGUAUGACGAGGCGGUGCAGGCGUGCCGGAAGGACGGAGCGCAGAUCGCCAAGGUGGGACAGAUGUUCGCGGCCUGGAAGCUGCUGGGCUAUGACCGCUGUGACGCGGGCUGGCUGGCCGACGGCAGCGUGCGCUACCCCAUCUCACGCCCCAGGAGGCGCUGCAGCCCCACAGAGGCAGCCGUGCGCUUCUCCGGCUUCCCCGAUAAGAAGCACAAGCUCUACGGCGCCUACUGCUUCAAAGCCAGCAGAAACGCGUAGUAGAAAUAACGCCACACCCGAGAAAUUAUUUCACUUUACAAAAAAAAAAAGGCAAGUGGGAAUUAGACUUAAACUAGUACGAACGAAUUCAAACUGUGAUAACGUCCCUUUCUCUUCUAAUACUAUAGUAAGAAAGUAAAUUGAGAAUCAAUCAUUUUCAUGCGGUAAUGAACGAAACUUUUUUUUGUAAACUGAAAGAAACUUAUUUCAUUGUUAAUCAUUCUCAGAUAUUUUAAAUUAAUGUAAUUUUAUCAGGAGUUCUAUAUUAGAAAGUAUAGUAUAGUGGGAAUUGGGGUGGGGGGUUGGGAAGAGGGUACAGGACCAAUUAAAACACUGAGUGACAUCAACCCAGUAUCUUCCAUGAAUCGAUGGCGCAUGUAAUAGCUUAAGGAAUUUGUUGGGAUUGGACAAAAAAUAAAACAAAACAGUAAAGCUUCUCAAAGUGGGAACUGAUAUGCUUGGGCACUUAGAGUUGUUGGUUUGAAAUAGAUUAGACAUUUUGGUGGACAAACAAAAUCAACACAUCUUAUGGAGUGUAUCAUCCAUCCUGUAUGAUUGCAAAAGUAGGCUAUAUCUCUGUGUGGUUUAAAACAAGAAUGAUCCAUCUGAUUCCUGAAUGGGCAGAUGCCCAAUCUGUCUCAAGGCUGAAUCCGUUCAGAGGCAUUGGACUUUAUGUACAAAUUAGCACAAUGCGUAACAAGCACCUUUGCUGUCUUAUAUGUACCAUCUACGUAUGUGGGGUGCUAUUAAGUGUGAUGUACUUUGGUCAAACCUUUGUGUAUUCCGUUUUCAAUUAUACUGUAAAUGUCUGUGGACCAAACUGCCAUAUUUAUAUCAUUAUCAUAUAACUACACAGAAUAUGAAUAAAAAAGAAAAGCCAUAGAUAUAUGGGUUUUAUGUUUGUCUAUUAUCCUGUAAACAACUACUUUUUUCAGACAAAGAGGCAUGCAUUCCUUUGUUCCAGUGUUCUCUUUUAGUGUAAUAUAUACUGUAUAUUCCUUAAGACGACAUUUUCUUCCAUGUUGUCACUUGUUUGUUAGAUGCAAUGCUAAGCCCCAGUACAGCUAAUGACAGAAAAAUAGCAUGUACAUGAGUGGGUAGUGAAUGGCAGCAAUCAUUUCAUUGAGGACAGCAAAAGCAAAUGCAAAAAAAAAGCUAUCAACUACAACUUAGCAGUACAGUAUCCAAUACAUUGUUCCCACUGCCUAAUUCCGUCAUCAUUGCUUUGCAAUGGGAAUGAAUAUCCUUGACGCUUCCUGAGUUCUCAAAUGUACGUCAAGCACUGGAACAAAUGAGCAGGGUCUCUGGCAACAAGUAGCGUGCUGCUAAUGAGCAAUGUCACCGCACCUGCUGACUGCAUUAACUUAUGGUAGGCACAACUGGUUUACACACGUCUAAUAUGCACAGAUGGCGGAACUUAGCCUGAGUUCACACAACAAGCAGCUCGGUCUGUCCGUGAGCGACGCCCGCAAAAAAUAUGAACUGCAGGAAAUGUUUCUCCGGCUAAUUUUGUCACUCAGUUGUCCAGGUGCUCGGGUUGCUGGCCGUCGCUCAGCUUCGUAGAAAAGGAAUGGACUUCCGGCAAAUGGCCAGCCCAAUAGCUCCCUGUGUGAAUGGGAGCUACUCUUUUUCUUUCCCGUUCCCUUUCUGCUAGGGCACAUGGUGCAAAAUAUAAGACAGAGGGAUGCUAUGAUGCUCACCAAUGCAUUUGAUACUCGUUGGAAUGAUUUUUAAAUGUGUAGAACAAUUUAGCCCUCAAGUAUCAGGUUAUCUUUGAGUAGCUUUCCUGGGACACCUUUUAUUAUUAUUAUUAUUAUUAUUAUUAUUAUUAUUAUUAUUAUUAUUAUUAUUGAUAAUACUAUUAUUGAUAAUAUUAUUAUUGAUAAUACUAUCUAUGGAGCGUAUAUCAUGAACUCAGGGCAGUUACAGAAAUCAACUGCUGGACAGAAACUGACCUUUUUUUUUUAAGUAGCUUAAUAUUUGUUAGACAUGAAAGAAAUUCCACAAUCCUCCCAAGUAUGUUACUAAUGUAUUUUAGUUUUUUCUUGAAUCAAAAUACUGUUCACACUUUUGGACAAACAGGAUUUGCUGUCAGUUUAACCCUAUCCACUAGGAGUAGCAAGCAGAAACCAAUUUUGCUAUUAAAAAAAAAACAAAAAACAAAAAAACAAAUAAACUGGGUAAGAAAGCUGGCAAAAUGGAGUUCCUGUUGCUAUUGUGCCCAUACUAGCAUAAUUGUGCUUGCUUUUUUCCCAUCUGGCAACUCUUCUGGUUGAAACUGGUUGACUGACAAGAGUGGGUUGACUUAACAGAGCAAUGUCAUUUCACAAAAUAUGCUUGAAAGCCAUGACACACCAAAUCAAACAUUUAUUUUCUAAUUAUUGUUAUGUACAUAAAACAUUACUUUGUCAAAGUAUUGUUUGUAUCUAUGUAAAAUACCUUUUGACCCAAAGUCAACACGAGAAAUAAAACCAUUUAAAACAUAAA